AUGAGAUAUAAGAAAACAUCAUUAAAUAAUCUGAGACAACCCAAAAGAGAUAUUAGGCCAGUCCGAAAGGAAAAAGAACCCAGCUAUCAGAAAAAGCCCGGCCCAUUAAUCUACCGUAAAAUGAUCCAACGGUAUCACAACAGGUCAUCCUCACAUCUCUUAUCCUACACCGUGCCCCACCAGAUUACUCAUCGUCACUCACCCAAAAACCCUCACGAAGGUCGAGUCUCCAGCAUCGCCAUGGCAGCUCAGUUUCUGAAUCUCUUCGUCGCUCUCUCUCUUCUCUUCAUUUCGCUACCGAGAUCUGAAUCCCUCCCCGAAAAUCCAUCCAUGAUUCUUCUAGGCGACGGAUUCGACUGGCCGAUCUCUCACGGGGACGCAUUCGACAUCGACGGAGGAGAAAGCUUCGAAGAUGCGGAGGAAGACGACGUCGAUGGCUCGGAUCGACGGUCAUUGUACUGGAAGAGGAAGAGAUACUACAUCUCGUACGGCGCAUUAUCGGCGAAUCGAAUCCCGUGUCCUCCCAGAUCUGGAAGAUCGUACUACACUCACAACUGCUUCAGAGCCAGAGGUCCGGUGCAUCCGUACAGCCGAGGCUGCUCGUCGAUCACUCGAUGCCGGAGAUAG